AUGAGAAAUAGUAAAUUCCGACAUGUGUUUGGUAAAGCAUUAAGAAGAGAACAAUGUUAUGACAAUAUAAGGAUUACCAGAUCAUCUUGGGAUGCUGCUUACUGUGCUGUUAACCCUAAAUUUGUAGCUGUAGUGACAGAAGCUGCUGGAGGUGGUGCCUUCCUAGUUCUACCAUUGUCUAAGGUAGGAAGAAUAGAAAGAGAUUGUCCUUUAGUAGCAGGUCAUAGAGAUUCUGUAUUAGAUAUAGCAUGGUGUCCACAUGAUGAUAACCUUAUUGCCAGCUCCAGUGAAGAUUGCACCAUUAAAGUAUGGGAGAUACCUGACGAAGGAAUAUUGAAGGAAAAUUUAACUGAAUCUAUGGUAGAUUUAGAGGGUCACACUAAAAGAGUUGGUCAUAUAGUUUGGCAUCCUACUGCACAGCAUGUAUUGUUAAGUGCAGGCUGUGAUAAUUUUAUAUAUAUCUGGGACGUAGGUACAGGUACAGCCAUGAUAGAAAUACAGACCAAUGAUCAGCCAUACUGUGCCUCUUUUAACUUAGAUGGUAGUAAAUUCGCUCUGACGUGUAAAGAUAAAAAAUUAUAUGUAUAUGAUUCACACACUGGUAAAGUUCUUCAGGAAGGUGAUUCCCAUAAUGGAGCCAAGCAGUCAAGAUGUAUAUAUUUGAAAAAUGGAUUAGUAUUUACAACUGGAUUCUCUAAAAGGAGUGACAGAAGAUACACUCUCCAUGAUGAAAAUGAUUUAAGUAAACCCUUAGUAGAACAAGAUAUAGACAAAACCAAUGGUGUAAUAUUCCCUUUCUAUGAUCCAGAUGUUAAUAUGGUUUAUUUGUGUGGAAAGGGAGACAGUUCCAUCAGAUAUUAUGAAAUAGGAGAAUUGAAUGGAAAACCCAAUGUAUUCUACCUGGAAAUGUAUCAAUCUAAAGACCCACAAAAAGGAUUUGGCUUCAUGCCUAAAAGAGCUCUAAAUGUCAAUUCUUGUGAAAUUGCUAGGAUUUAUAAGUUACAUAAUAGUGGACUGUGUGAAGCCAUUCCAUUUACAGUUCCAAGAAAGUCUGACCUAUUCCAAGAGGAUUUAUACCCUGAUACAGUGGGAGAUACACCAGCUAUAACUGCUGAAGAAUUCUUUAGUGGCAAGAAUGCUGAGCCUCUAUUAGUAAGUAUAGUUGAAAGAUUAUAA